AUGAGGCGCCUGGUAACAGCUGCACACCACCCCGCCGGUUCCCCCGCCAUGCCCAGGGAACAUCCGCGCUCCCAGCCUGAAGAGAGGCAGCAAUCUUUAGCUCUGACACAAACAACACACGGCCCUGGACUCCCUUUCGCUUUCGGCUCGGAUGGAUUCCUCCCCCCGGCCUUUGAAAACGAGGAACGUGGCGCCAAGGACCAGGCUGAGAAAGAGGGCGGCUGUGACAAGGUGGACAAACCUGACAAAGCGCCAAGGAAAAUGCUGUCGAGAGAUUCCAGCCAAGACUACACAGAUUCAACAGGCAUAGACCUCCACGAAUUCCUGGUCAACACACUGAAAGGCAACCCCAGGGAUCGAAUCAUGCUGCUGAAGCUGGAACAGGACAUCUUGGAUUUCAUCAGCAAUAAUGAAAGCCAAAAGAGGAAGUUCCCCCCCAUGACAUCCUACCACCGAAUGCUGCUGCACCGGGUGGCGGCCUACUUCGGCAUGGACCACAACGUGGACCCCAGCGGAAAAUCAGUGGUGAUCAACAAAACCACCAACACCAGAAUACCCGAUCAGAAAUUCUCGGAGCACAUCAAGGACGACAGGACGGACGAUUUCCAGAAACGUUACAUUCUCAAACGAGACAACUCCAGCUUUGAUCGCGAAGACAGCACAAUUCGAAUGCGUUUGAAAGCUGACAAGAGGAGCAAAUCGAUGGAGGAGAGGGAGGAGGAGUACCAACGAGCCAGAGAAAGGAUUUUUGCACAUGAUGGAGAUCACUUCAUAUUAGAAAGAAGGUUACGAGCUGGUCAGUCGGGGCCCAGCCGGCAGAGCAGCUCGGAGACGGACACGCUGCCCCGCCACGGCGAGCCGCGGCCGUGGAGCAGCACGGACAGCUCCGACAGCUCCCACCGGCUGGCCCCGCGCCCCGCCAUCACCAAGGCCAGCAGCUUCAGCGGCAUCUCCCCCGGCCUGGUCCGAGGGGACAGCACGGCCAGCAGCAAGAGCACCGGCAGGCUGUCCAAAACAGGCAAGAGACCCAGCACAGGCUCAGAGUCCUGCAGCAGCGUCGGGUCCUCGUCCGGCUCGCUGUCCCGCCUCCAGCUGCCCCUCCCAGUUUCAGCCCGCUCCAACAUGCCCGCCCCCCCCCUGCUGCUCCAGGACUCCCGGGGCCCCGCGCACCCCGAGAUGACCAAGAGCCUCCCCUCGCAGCCCCCAGCCGCCCCCGACGUGGCCAACUUUUACCUGUUGCCCCUCGAAGCCUCAGGGAUUCCACCCGGCAGCGUUCUGGUCAAUCCUCACACAGGCAAGCCUUUCAUGCAUCCUGAUGGCAGCGCGGUGGUGUAUAACCCGGCCGGCGUCGCCCCGGCGACCGGCAGGAUGCCACAGCAGGGGAAAAACCCCCAGCAGCCCCUCCCUGCUGCGGCCCAGCAGCAAACCACCAAUCCGCUCCACUCCCAGCCGAUCUGUCCUCUCCAGCCGUCCUCUGAGGCUGUCCACAACCCAACGGUUCCCUAUCCUCUUCCUCCUCUUCCUCCUUCUCAGUUCCUGCCCCCUGACGUCCUCAACGCCCAGUUCAGUCACAUGACUCUGGCGCAGCAGCCGGCCAAUGAGAGCGGAGCUGCGGCCCCGGACGGCCGCCACUUUCCCUCCGUGUACAGCCACCACCCGUCCCCCGUGAUGCUGCAGGGCGCCCCUCCCCCCCAGCAGCAGGUCACCAGCUACGUGGUGGCGGGGCCCUCCGGGGGCCACCCGGGGCUGCUGCAGGGUCAGCACCCCCCCCCCCACGGCCACGCCCACGCCUACCCCGGCCCAGGCCCCGCCCCUUUUUCCGGGGCCUCCCUCGGCCAGCCGCUCCUGCAGCAGCACGCCUACAUGCAGCCGCCCGUCCACCAGGUGGGGUCCCGACGCCGCCCCCCCCUCCGGGAGUUCAAACAGCAGCCCAUGUCUGCGUGCUACUGCUCCUCGGCCCACCACCCCCACUGCUCCGGCCAGCAGCAGCACUACCGCCCCCCCGCCAACCCGCUGCCCUACAGCUGCCCUCAGAGCCAGAAUCUGGCCCAGCAGCAAGUGCACCAAGCCGUGAUGCCAAACCCAGCAUCCAGCUACCAGACCAUGGUGGGCAUGCAGCCAGCACACAGCCUCGCUCUCACUGGCAACCAGCAAAGCAAUAUGGCCAACCAGAUGCAGGGCAUGAUGGUCCAGUACCCUCCAAUGCAGUCUUACCAGGUCUCGGUCCCCCAGCAGACGUACCAGCAGCCCCUGCUGGUGUCCUGCCCGCCGGGACAGGGCGCCGUGGCUGUGGCCGGCGUGCAGCCCUGCUACAACCUGCUGCCCCCCAACCAGCACACCACCAUGAGGUACGCCCCACCACACAUCCCACUCCCACUCAGACCCACUCUGGCUCUGAGUGGGAACGCUGGGGGGGAGGAGGAGGAGGGGAGGCUCUCAUCCACAGAGCCAGCAGCUCUGAUGAGUGGAUCCUCACAGCUCCUGAGAGCUCAGGUCAUCUUUGCUCACUGCUGGGAGACCCGAUCAAUCUGGGAAGCGGUGAGCGGACUCCACAGGGAGCACAAAGGCAGGAACCUGCAGCAGAACAAUGCAAAGACGCUCCUGGGAGAGGAGAGCUCCACGGUGAGCUUCCUGCCGGCCCCCAUGAUGGAGCAGUUCCAGUUCUCCCAGACGCCGUCCCCCUGUGUCUCCCAGCAGCACCCAGGCCAGCAGUAUUCAGGUAUCUAA